AUGGUACAAAAAUUGAAUGAAAAUGGUCCAGAUUUGGGGUAUGACUGUUUCCUGUUUCAGAUUUAUCACUAUCUCCGAGGGAGAAUGAGAUGCGGCCGGCGGAACAGGGGCUACAGCAAUGAGAUCUCCUCGCACCACGGCUUCCCAAACAUCCAGGGACAUGGCUCCUUCUUCUGUGGUGGGGAAGGCUCGGUCAUGUACAGCCGGGGAGCUUCAUCCUUCGAGCCCAUGCCAACAUCAUCCACCUACAGUGUAUCAGGGGGGUACAGAUGUAGCAGUGAUGGAUCUGUUGUAAUAUCCAGUGGGGACAGUGGAGGGGCUGGCUGGGGAGUUGGAGGGGGGACAGUCCCUGUCUAUGGUGCUGGGCGAGGAAUAGGGUAUGGCAGUGAGGACCCAUGCAGGAGCAUCACUGGCAGCUCAGGUGGGGGAUCUGGCUGCCACAGCGAGAGAAUGGGCAUCACUGCAGGAGAAGGUUGUGGAUACGGAUACGAUGCAUCACCGAGAUGCAUCCCAGGGGCAGGUGGUGGAUCAGGGCACUAUAGUGGGGGAUCGGGCUAUAGCACAGGGGGAUACUCAGGCCCAGAGCUCAGCUCUGGAGGUGCUGGGUCCUCCCAGGCCGUGCAGCAGAAAUGCCCCGUGGUGGUUCCCAACAUCGAGGCCCAGCAGAUCAAGCAGAGCAACCACUGGCCCCAGAGCCAGAAGAAGUGA